AUGGUUUCUACCAGCACCAAGGUCGGUCACGGCCUUGCCAAGGUGCUCGGCAUCAAGCUUGAUUAUCGCAAUGAGACAGAAGCCUCGAAGCUCUCCCGCGGCGAAUCUGUYUUCUCGGUCGACAGUGGCGACAGCUAUGUUGAAGAAGAGCCCACCGCUGGCGAAUGGCUCAGGUCCGUCGUUCCCACCGGAGGAGAAGUCAAGACGUACCUUCAUAACCUGGUUCCCUUCACACGUUGGAUCAUGCGAUACAACCUACAAUGGCUUUACGGAGAUCUCGUUGCUGGAAUUACCGUCGGAGCGGUCGUUGUACCGCAGAGUAUGGCGUAUGCCAAACUUGCAAAUCUUGCUCCCGAAUUUGGUCUCUACUCUUCAUUCAUGGGAGUGCUCAUCUACUGGUUCUUUGCGACUUCGAAGGAUAUCACCAUCGGCCCCGUGGCUGUCAUGUCUACGAUCGUUGGGAACGUGGUGAGCAAAGUUGCGGACAAGGCUCCUCAAUACGAAGGUCACGUCGUGGCAUCUGCCCUCGCCGUCAUUGCAGGCGCCAUCGUCUGUGCACUGGGCCUUGCUCGUCUCGGCUGGCUCGUGGAACUGAUUUCGCUUACUGCCAUCUCUGCAUUCAUGACAGGCUCCGCCAUCAACAUCGCCGCUGGACAGGUUGCGAACUUGAUGGGUCUUCAGACGAACAAGUCAACCCCGCCGGGCAGACUCAACACCCGCGACUCAACGUACCUGGUCAUCAUAAACUCGCUGAGAGCUCUGCCUACUGCGAAGCUCGAUGCAGCGCUCGGACUCACUGCUCUGGCGAUGCUUUACCUGAUCAGAUCUGGCUUUGCCUACAUGGCCAAGAGACAACCGYAGCACAAGAAGCUUUGGUUCUUCUGCAGUACACUCCGAACGGCAUUUGUGAUCUUGCUCUACACUCUAAUCAGUUGGCUGGUGAACCUUCACCUACCCGAUCACAACGCCAAAAAGUCGCCAUUCCAACUUUUGGGCGCUGUUCCCCGAGGAUUCAAGCACKCUGCAGUCCCUACUGUCAAUACUGAUAUCAUAAGCCUCUUCGCUAGCGAGCUGCCCGCCUCCGUUAUUGUUCUCCUUAUUGAGCACAUUUCCAUUUCAAAGUCCUUUGGAAGAGUGAACAACUACACCAUCGAUCCAUCUCAGGAGCUCGUCGCUAUUGGAGUCACCAACCUACUGGGUCCCUUCCUUGGUGCCUAUCCCGCCACUGGAUCAUUCUCUCGUACUGCCAUCAAAUCAAAGGCCGGCGUGCGAACACCAUUCGCGGGUGUCAUCACUGCGAUUGUCGUGCUCCUCGCAAUCUACGCUCUGCCCGCAGUCUUCUUCUACAUCCCAAACGCUGCACUUAGUGCAGUCAUCAUUCACGCCGUGGGUGAUUUGAUCACGCCUCCCAACACAGUCUACCAAUUCUGGCGGAUUUCGCCGAUUGAGGUCCUCAUUUUCUUUGCCGGUGUCUUUGUGACAAUCUUCAGCACGAUUGAGGAUGGCAUCUAUGUGACCAUUGCCACCUCCAUGGCCGUCUUUCUUUUCAGGGUCUUCAAGGCACAGGGCCGAUUCCUCGGACGCGUCAAGGUCCAUUCAGUCAUCGGCGAUCACUUGCUCGAUGGCGAGGAUGCAAAGCCCGGUGUCGUGAAGAUUGGAGCGGAAAGUGGAGCGGACAGUGACCCGAACAAGGGCUCUAGGAAUAUCUUCCUGCCAAUCGACCACAAGGAUGGUUCUAAUCCCUCGAUCAAGGCUGAGCAUCCGUACCCCGGCGUAUUCAUAUACCGAUUCUCGGAAGCGUUCAACUACCCCAAUGCCAACCACUACCUCGAUUUCCUCACCAGCACAAUAUUUCGCGAAACCCAGCGCACGAACCCGAACAGCUUUGCAAGACCUGGUGACAGGCCUUGGAACGACCCCGGUCCAAAGCUGGGCAAAGAGGUCGUUGUUGGCGAUACCAGACCGACAUUGAAGGCAAUCAUUCUCGACUUCUCAUCGGUGAACAAUGUGGACAUCACCUCGGUACAAAACUUGAUUGAUGUGCGGAACCAGCUUGAUCGAUACACUGCUCCCGAAAGAGUACAGUGGCAUUUUGCCUGCAUCAACAAUCGUUGGACAAAACGCGCGUUGGUGUCGGCUGGGUUCGGAUAUCCGGCAGUGGAGAAUGAAGCUACAUUCAAACGGUGGAAGCCCAUCUUCAGCGUUGCCGAGCUCGGAGGCUCGUCGAGUGCCGCUGCCUCAGCUGAGGAACGCGCGAAUCGAGAAUUCUAUCGACGAUCACAGAAGGAUGUCGAGCAUGCUCAGCGCGAUGUUGACAGCAUCAACCAUUCGGAAAGCGGAUCCAGCUCGAAUGACAUUGACAAGCAAUUACAAAAGUCGAACGCUUACGGCACAAUGUCCAACAACAAUCUCAGGGUUGCAGUCGUGCAGGGCCUGAACAGAYCAUUCUUCCACAUCGACAUAACCUCGGCGGUGCACAGUGCCGUCCAUAAUAUCGAGUUGCACCAAGGACCGCCUGCACCAUUGAAGAACAGUACGGUCGAGGCAAUACCAGAGAGCAUUCUGCAUCAAGAUGCUUCUCACGAUGUCAAAUGA